AUGAUAAUUUUAUUAAUUAUAAAAAUAACUCUUGCAUGGAAAGUAUAGAACGUAAAAGAAAAUAUUUAAACUUGUUAAAUCUUUCAGAGUGCAAAUUAACAAGAAUGUGAGUUGAAUGAUUUAAUUGUAUAUCGAUUAGAGUCUUAUUUUGCUAUUUGUGUAAUUUCAUCGGAGAUUGGAAUUUAAAGUGUUUUAAUUGAUAAUUUUGAAGAUAAAUUGAGCUUUAUUUGUGUACUUAAAGAAUAUAUUUUGAUUUAUCCUUUGCCUUUUAGUUGUGGAAGUAAUUAUAUGAGACUGCAACAUUAGAAUAAAUUUUAAAAUUAUUCUUUAACUAGAGACAAUUCAUCCAUUUAUAUUUUCGGAGGAUUUGAUGAUAUAAAAAAUAGAAAUCAAUUGUAUAAGUACAAUCUCUAGGAUCUCUUUAAUAAUUAAGCAACAUCUUCUGUUCUGCCUAAUAAUUUUAUAUUUAAAUUAACAGUAUCAUUAAAUUUAUGGGAUGAUACUAUUGAAGAUUUUGCAUUUAUGUCUAAUUAUCCUCAACUUUAAAAAUUAAAGAACUUAGGUUAUAAAUAUACAGUUACUUCUUAAGAAGAAAGUUCUGAUUGUUAAUCUUCUAAUGUUCCAAAAUGUUUAUAAAAUAGUAUUAUUGUUUAUGUAAAUGAAUGUAAUUGUAUCUAACUAUUUUAUGGCAGAGAUACUUCUAAUAUAAAUUAAAAUGAGUCUUGGAUUUAUUAUUUAGAUUAGUAGGUUUGGUAGGAAACCACAAUUGAUUCAAUAAUAAAGAUUGGAAUAACUCCAGUGGGACAAUAUUUGGAAAAAAUAAAGAUGGUAGGAUUUUAUGCAGAGAAUAAAUAUUACUUUUAUUAUGAUUAGGAAUGGUAUAAUAACUUUGAAUAAUUAAACUUUGGAUCUAUGUUUAAAUAGAUGAUUGUUUAUGAUAACAAGACAUUUUUUUUGAAUUCAUCAAGUAUUAUUUCAAGUUUUAAUGAUCAAUAAAGCAUAAAAAGUUAAGAAUAUGGUAUAUAAAUUUGUUAAGAUAAUUAUCGUGGUUAUAAUUGUUAAGUUUCAGAUAUUCAGUGUCCAGGAAGCAUUUGUUUUGGUGAUUUAUUAUAUGAGAAAAUUUGUGUACAUUGUUAAGGACAUGGAACUUGUCUAAAUGGAAAAUGUUAAUGUGAUGAUGGAUUUAGUGGUAAUGAUUGUAGCCAAUAUUCAAACUGUUUAAAUGAUUGUUCAAAUCAAGGAAGUUGUAUUCAAUAUUUUCCAACACCUUAAUGUAGAUGUAAUUAAGAAGAAAAAAGAGGAGGAGAGGAUUGUUCAACAAUCUUUUGUCUUAAUGAUUGUUCGAAUAAUGGAAUUUGUAAAAAUGGAGUAUGUUAAUGUAUAACUGGAGUAAAAGGGGAUGAUUGUAGCAUAUUAAAUCUAAAUUUUAUUGAUGAAUGA